AAAACAAAAACACUUAUCAUCACCAGUGAACGAUUCAAAAGUAUCCGGACGUAAAACUAGUUUGUCCCGCAAAAAUGUUCAAAUUCACAAAGGAAAUCCACCUGUCCGGUUACACACUGGUCCUGCCGAGCGUUAGCGUCGGAAACGUGGCCCAGCUGGCGGUUGAUCUGCUCAUCGAAACCCUCAAGCUGGAAAAGGUUGGCCUGUUGUGGCACCCGGCACUGAUUCCGAUCGUGGGCCCACCGGCCUACGACCACGACCAGGACAAGCUGACCACAACCGCAGAAUUGUACGCCUGCACGGAACGCCGGCUGCUGGUUCUUCAGAUCCGGGCUCCUUUGGUUGGUGCGCUGCAAGCGGAAUUCCUCGACCGGUUGACGGAUUUCGUGCGGGAUCAAAGUCUCGCGGAUGUCAUCGUGUUGGCCAGCAGCUUCGCCCACGAGAACCACCGGGUUGGGGCACGGCCGUACAAGUACUUGACCAACGAAAAGUUUGGCACGAGUCACGGUGAGACGUUGGAGCGGUUGAAGUGGGACCCGCUGGACGGAACCGUUAUCCACGGUGGAGGUUACGCCGCGAAGCUGUUGGAAGUUUGCACCGCCAAGGAGUUGGCAUGCUUUACGCUGUUCAACUACGUGUCCGAGGGGGACAACACGCCGGAUGCGGUGCAGCUGGUUUCGCUGCUGGACCAGCUGAAGCAGCCGCUUUUGCCACGGGAAGAAGACGGGAUCAAGAUUAAGCUGGCGAUUCCGAGCUCGUGGAAGCAUCUGUUUGGCAACGCGGCACCGGUUAAUGUAUAUUGAGUGAGGUUGUGGGAAUAAAGGACGUUCGGGUUGAAACUUUU